GCACCUGAUUUGUGAAUGAAAUAGUAGCAGUGAAAGUAACAAAUAUCCUCUGCUGGAGCGGACUGUGGAACAACAUGAAAUACAUUAUAGGUAUCGGCGGUGUGACCAACGGUGGAAAAACCACUUUGACCAACAAAAUUCGCUACAUCUUACCCAACUGCUGUGUGGUACAUCAGGAUGACUUUUACAAGCCACCAGAUCAAAUAGAAGUCGGGGAAGAUGGAUUUAAACAAUGGGAUGUGAUCACAGCCCUCGACAUGGAGGCGAUGAUGAGUACUGUCAACGCCUGGAUUGAAAACCCAGUAAAGUUUGCCCGAUCGCAUGGAGUGAACGUCACUCCAGUCUCCGAUGAGCUGAGCGAUCCAGAGAAAGAAGUGCACAUUUUGAUAGUGGAAGGGUUCCUCUUGUAUAACUACAGGCCAUUGAAUGAAAUAUUUGAUCACAGUUAUUUCUUAUCCCUUCCAUAUGAAGAAUGCAAAAGGAGAAGGAGUACAAGGAAUUAUACAGUUCCUGAUCCACCUGGUUUGUUUGAUGGACAUGUGUGGCCAAUGUACUUGAAACACAAGAAAGAGAUGGAGGCUAACAAUGUUAAUGUUGUGUAUCUGAAUGGAAUGAAAUCAAAGGAGGAAAUCUAUCAACAAGUGUAUGAAGAGAUUCAAAACCAAAUCCUGAAUUAUUCAUAGGCUCUGGACUGAAGACUAAAUUGGGAAAACAAGUUGAAGAUGUAAAUAGUUGAAUGUCUCUGGAAAUGUUUGGUCCAUAAAUGUCAGCAUUAAGUUUAUAUGUUUUGACUUUGCAUUAAUUUUCUGUACAUAACUGGACAUAAGUUUGAAUAAUUUAAAUGGCAGUUCUGGUGUUUUGAGAACUAAGUAUAAUUUUUUUAUCAGAUGUGUGUACGAUGUUAACUUUUUAAACUCUUAAAUGUACAUUUUUUAUGAAUUGUAAAAAUCUAAAGUAUCUGUUAAUAGGGUACUUCAUGAUACUCUGUAUUGUCAUAGUACUGUAAUCUUCUGCCUCCUAUCUAUAUCAGCUUUCCUAUUUCUUUGACUUGCACUAUAUCUAGAAUUUUUUAAAAUCCUACAUAAUUAAUAUUUCUCUAUAAUACAAAACAUUUAGUGAUGCCUUGGAUAAGAGAGAAAGUGGAAACCUGUUUUAAUAUAGCUUACAUUUAUAUGUGAUCUUCAUCAUGUACCAUGAGCUGCUACAGGACUGAAGCAAGUUGUGAUCUUCUGCCAUGACCAAAAUGCAUUCUGUUCUCAAGUUUUGUUGUUCUUUAAAGUCAUUGUACACCUUUUUAAUAGAUGCUACACUGUUAGCCGAGCACCAGGAUUCUCUGUUGCCAGCACGUUUAAAGGUAAUAUUGAUAGAGGUGGAAAAAAAAAUUAAAUGGGAUCAAGAGUAA